UAUAACGACCACGAGCCACAAAUCAAGCCCUCCAAAAUAACCCAAAUGAGCUCUUACUUUGUAAACUCGUUCUCAGGGCGCUACCCAAAUGGCCCCGACUAUCAGUUACUAAAUUAUGGGACCGGCAGUUCCAUGAACGGUUCUUACAGAGAUUCAAGCACCAUGCAUUCCAGCUCUUAUGGCUACAACUACAAUGGGAUGGACCUUAGCAUCAACCGCUCAGCCUCCUCCAGUCACUUUGGGGCUGUGGGCGAGAGCUCCCGCGGUUUCCCUUCUCCAGCUCAGGAGAGCAGGUUUAGACAGGCGUCCAGCUGCUCCUUAUCUUCUCCCGACUCCCUGCCCUGCUCCAACAGCGAGAGCCACGGAGGCAAACCCGCCCCGUCCCCCUCCGAGCCGGCUCCUGCUGCCAGCAGCACCAACACAAAUUUCACAGAACUAGACGAGACCAGCGCGUCCUCGGGAGCCGACGAGGGCACUCCAAUAAGCAGCAGCAUCCCCCGAGCGCAGGCAGAGCCCAUCGCGACCUCCACGGCAGCGACAGAAGGGCAGGCACCUCAGAUAUUCCCUUGGAUGAGGAAACUUCACAUUAGCCAUGACAUGACCGGACCAGACGGGAAGAGGGCGAGGACAGCGUACACUCGCUACCAGACGCUGGAGUUGGAGAAGGAAUUCCACUUCAAUAGAUAUCUCACCCGCAGGAGGCGAAUCGAGAUCGCUCACGCGCUCUGCCUCUCCGAGCGCCAGAUCAAAAUCUGGUUCCAGAACCGCCGCAUGAAGUGGAAGAAGGAUAACAAACUGAAAAGCAUGAGCCUGGCCUCGGCCGGCAGCGCCUUCCAGCCCUGAGCUCGCAAAAAAAAAAAAACCGGGGGGCGAAACGAGCGGGAGGCGAAGAGGAAGGAGAUAAAAAAAUAUAUAAAUUAAAAAAAAAAAAAAAAAACAACCCAAAACCACAGCGAAACCCCCGAGCGAAUAAUGAAAUAAAGGAAGGAUGGGCAGAUGGCAGUUUGGGAGGACGGAGCAGCGAGAAACCUUCGGGGCUGGUUCCUGCCCAGAGCAGCUCCUGGGGGUGCCCCCAGCCCGGGACUGAGCUCCAAGUUCUUCUUUUUCGGUUGUUUGUUUGUUUUUAAAAAAAAAAAAAAAAUUAAA